AUGCCACCGAUUGCUGAAAACGCCCGCCGGCCCUCAACUUUCUCUGUUGUCAGUGAAAAUCGGUGCUUCCCGAGUAAUCUCACGGUGUAUCCUGUCUCGCCAGUGUUCAGCAACAGCUCUAUGAGACCCACGCGGAAAAUUUUGCGUCAGAGAUGCAUAUUCUCGGCUGCAGCCAUUGCCAUGAUAGGCCUCAUUUCGGCAGUCUAUGUCUUCAUCACAUUGCCGAUGCAGAGCGUACCUCCAGUCGAUGCCUUGCCUCCGGCUAGAAGGGACAGCUGGGAUGAACGAACUUCCGCCGAUGACCAAGGAGAGUCUGCUCUGAUUACACGAGGACUGCCAUCCCUAUUCGAGCAGCGCCGAUCUUCUCUAAAGAGACUCCUCGAUGACGACGCUGGAGAUCCCGUGGAAAUAGUGGACUCGACAACACUCAAAGAAAACGGCUAUUCCUCGUACAUUCGCCUGGUACGCGGCCUGCGAGACCUCAAUGAUUUCUUGGCAGACGCCUCGGACACGGUUCCGCGAGAGGCGAUCGUCGCUCAUGCACAACGAUAUACGAGAUCGUUGGAAAAAGUAGCCGACCAAAUUGACGAGCAAUAUACUCGUCGCCGAGCGCGGGACGUCAUGAGUCAACUCAGCCGGAACUUCCGAGAGGCUCUCGAUCGGCUGCAGUUUCCGGCCAACUGUUCGGAGGCUCAGGCUGUCCUCUGCGAUCUUACGAAUCCCCACGGGUUCGCAUCUGGGAUCAGCGAUGCUCUCCACUGCCUCUUACGGGGAUUGCAGCGUAACCGAACCGUUGUGCUCCGAACGACGAAUUGGCAUUACACUCGGGACCUAGAAUGGGGCCAGGUCUUCGAGCCGCUGUCAGGAUGCACCGAGAAAGAAGUCAUCCAACCGAUCGAGAGGGGAUACCCCGAGACCUGGAACCUGGAACGAAGACACAUGGCACGACUGCCAAACACCAUAGCGAAGGAUUUGGUUGCUUUCCACGGCGAUCCGUACGCCUGGUUCCAUGGAGCGUCUAUGUCCUACUUGCUGAGGCCGUCGAAGGGAUUCGAGAAAAUCCUGAAUCAACACCUUCGCUCGAUGUUCCCCGACGGCAACUACAUCAGCAUGCAUAUCCGACGCAGUGACAAAGGGACAGAGGCGAAGUUCCGCGGUCUCGCUUCGUACAUGCGAUAUGCCGAAGAAUACUUCAGGAGAGAGUUGUUGCGCGAAACUAUCAAGGAGAUGAAUAUAUAUGUAGCCACGGACGACACGGGCGUCCUCGAAGAUCUGCGCAAAAACUACCCCAAAUUCAGAUUCUUCUCGAACCCUCGGGCGGCUCAAGAAGCGUCGCGGAGAGAAACGCGGGACUCGAAGCAGGCUUUCGAAGACGUCCUAUUGGAUCUUCACACGCUUUCUCGAUCUCAACACCUAAUUUGCACACUUUCGUCAGGGUUCGGACGAGUUGCGUACGAGCUCAUGAAUCAGUAUCACCACGAUGCUUGGCGACGAGUGUCCUCCCUCGACACUGACUACAUAUACGCUUUCGCAUUCUUCCCGGAGCGGUUGCCUUACGAGCCGAUGGACGGCGCAGUCUUCCAGAACGAGGUGGCUGCUGCCGAGUCGCCGGCGGAAAAAGGUAAAUCAUUGACAGAUUCUUACUCGUUGGCCGCUGCAUACAUCACUGGGUGGUCGAAACGAAGUUCGGGGCCAGAUGGUUUUGUCCCGACCCAUGAUCGGGCGCACAUGGUUCCGAAGUUCAAGACCGAACAGGCUUUCCGGUCGAGCCAGUAUGCUGCUCAUAUAGCUCCAAUCAGCAAUACGGACCAUGAAUUGUAAAGCUCGAGAGUCGAUGAUUGCAGAUGCUGACUUGUAGUUCUCGAUUGAAUCGACUCUCCUGCGACGGAAGCGCACAAAAAACGGGGAUGCGCUGCGAGGCAGCUCCUCUUCUACCGCUUGUCGCGGGAGGAACGAGGUAACCCGAAUCCACUAAGCUACGAUGUACAUUUAUUCGAACACUGAUGUUCCUCGGUGGGCGGGGAU